GAGUCGCAGUCACAAGGUGUGAGCAUCUUCAACUUGACCAGCUACACAGUUUACAAAGUGCCACUGACAUCCUUAUUUUAUUUAUGCACUGGCAGUGCUAUUCAAAGUGCAGUCCGAGGACCUGCAGCGUCAGCCUCACCAGGAUCCUGGUUAGAAAUGCAAAUCCUCAGACCCCCUCCCCAGACUUGCUGAUUCAGAAACUCUGGGGUCGCGGCCCAGGAAUCUGCGUUUUCACAAGUCCUCCAAGUGACUACGAAGUUGAAGUACCGCUACUCUAUGACCCAUUAGGGCCGCGUCUGGCUUGCAGACCGCAGUCUCUGAGCGAAUGAACAGCAGAGCCCGGGAACACGCAUUAGACUGUGCGGGAACGAGCGGGCAGCGCGCCUUCCCCAGGGCACCCUUUCCGCGCUGGCAGCUGGCGCCGGGAUCCCCCAGCUAGGUCGGGUGGGGCUGCCGGACGGGGCGGGCCGGAGGUUGGCGUCUCCGCCUCUCAAGCAUUCUGCCUGCCGCGUCGCGCCGUCCUCCUCUCCGUCCUUUCCUCGCUCCCUUCCUUCCUUCCUUCCUUCCGCCGGGCGCGAUGGAGCCGGGGCGGCGGGCGGCCGCAGCCCUGCUGGCGCUGCUGUGCGCGGGCUGUGCGCUGCGCGCCGGGCGCGCCCAGUACGAGCGCUACAGCUUCCGCAGCUUCCCGCGGGACGAGCUGAUGCCGCUGGAGUCGGCCUACCGGCACGCGCUGGAUCAGUACAGCGGCGAGCACUGGGCCGAGAGCGUGGGUUACCUGGAGAUCAGCCUGAGGCUGCACCGCCUGCUGCGCGACAGCGAGGCCUUCUGCCACCGCAACUGCAGCACGGGGCCCCAGCCCGAGCCCGCCGCGGGCCUCGCCCGCUACGCGGAGCUGCGCCUCUUCGGGGGCCUGCUGCGCCGCGCGCACUGUCUCAAGCGCUGCAAGCAGGGCCUGCCAGCCUUCCGCCAGUCGCAGCCCAGCCGCGAGGUGCUGGCGGACUUCCAGCGCCGGGAGCCCUACAAGUUCCUGCAGUUCGCCUACUUCAAGGCCAAUAAUCUCCCAAAAGCCAUUGCAGCUGCUCACACCUUUCUGCUGAAGCAUCCCGAUGACGAAAUGAUGAAGAGAAACAUGGCAUAUUAUAAGAGCUUGCCUGGUGCUGAGGACUACAUAAAAGACUUGGAAACCAAGUCAUAUGAGAGUCUGUUCAUCCGAGCUGUGAGGGCAUACAAUGGCGAGAACUGGAGAACAUCCAUCACGGACAUGGAACUAGCCCUUCCUGACUUCUUCAAAGCCUUUUAUGAGUGUCUCGCAGCCUGUGAGGGUUCCAGGGAGAUCAAGGACUUCAAAGAUUUCUACCUUUCCAUAGCAGAUCAUUAUAUAGAAGUUCUGGAAUGCAAAAUACAGUGUGAAGACAACCUCACCCCAGUCAUAGGAGGCUAUCCAGUUGAGAAAUUUGUGGCUACCAUGUAUCAUUAUUUGCAAUUUGCUUAUUAUAAAUUGAAUGACCUGAAGAAUGCGGCCCCUUGCGCGGUCAGCUACCUGCUCUUUGACCAGAAUGACAAGGUCAUGCAGCAGAACCUGGUGUAUUACCAGUACCACAGGGACAAAUGGGGCCUCUCAGAUGAGCACUUCCAUCCCAGACCAGAAGCAGUUCAGUUCUUUAAUGUGACUGCACUCCAGAAAGAGCUGUAUGACUUUGCUAAGGAAAAUCUAAUGGAUGACGAUGAGGGAGAGGUUGUGGAAUACGUGGAUGACCUCUUGGAACUGGAGGAGACUGGCUAGUCCACAGCAACCAAAGAGACUUCCUUUCGACAUUCAGGAAACAGAUUCUUUGUCCUCCUUUUCCCAAAAGCCCAGGUUGUUGAUACCUCAAAACCUUUCCUAUACUUUAUAAAGUAAAAGGGAAGCCCCAUCUCUCUCACUACAUGUAACCAGAAGUGAGCCUGCCUUCCUUGUGUUCACACCCACCUUCCCUGUGUUCACACCUAUCUUCCCCAUGUUCACACCUGUCUUCCCAUCUCCACACCUGUCUUCCCCAUGUUCAUGUCUUCUCCACCUUCACACCUGUCUUCCCCAUGUUCACACCUGUCUUCACCAUGUUCAUGUCUUCUCCAUGUUCACAUCUGUCUUCCCCAUGUUCACAUCUGUUUUCCCCAUGUUCACACCUGCCUUUCUUGCCAUUUUGGUUUGAAGAUAGUUUGUUUGUUUUUCCCCAGAAAAAUCAGUAUUAUUUUUUAAAUAAGAAAAGCACUCCUAAAAGAUGAUAAUUGUGAAAACCUA